AUCUUUUCAAAUAUCGAAUCUGUCACGCCGUGAAUUAAUGACGCCUCGCGUCAAAUCUCUUGUGUUAAAAAAUCGUUUACAAGAUUAAUCUAAUAGAUUAAUUAACUGAACAUUCCUAUGUAUUGACCACGUUGAUGAAUGAUGUCAUUAUAUAACGAUCAAGUAUAUUAUACGCAGUAACGAAAGUUGAAAAAUUUUGUCUGGAAAAUUAGGCUUAAUUAUCUACAUAGUUUGUCCGUUGUCACUGAAUUCCCUUAAUUGCAUAUCUCUUUUGCAUUAUUCUUUCUCCAAUCUCCAACGUCUAAAUUGUUCGCCAAUUUCACUUUCAAGCGCGGGAAACGUAAAAUUAUCGACCCGGAUAAUCACGGCAGAAAAUCUCACAACAUAAAUCUUGUCAAGAAGCAAAAGCCGGAAAGCUUUUUGUAUAAUCAUGCACUCUUAUCGGAACGAGUUCCAAGACGUCGAAAAGAAAAAUGAUUUGUCAUUGCACGCACGUGUCCUGCACGUAUUUCUGUCCGGCCUCUGCAAGUCCUCGAAGGAUAAAUCUCGAGUCGACGCGGGAGAAGCCGGAAUUAUCUUUGCAAAAGAGAAUCUCGAUCGGUGUCUUAUUAAUCUACAUGCUCAGGAGCCAUGGCCACAACCGAUCACGUUGUAUCAGCCGUACGAGGUGGAGCAGAUCCUGCUGCCCGACAACGCGAACUGUCUGGCGGUGCAGGCCUUCCUCAAGAUGUGCCAGCUCGAUUUUCAAAUAGAGCCGAGGAAGAAUGCGGAGUUCAUGUCGCCGUCCGGCCGCGUGCCUUUCAUCAAGUGCGGCACGAAAUUGAUAUCCGAGUUCGACGGCAUAGUGGCACACAUAGGGAGUAAAGGGGUUAGCCUGUCCGAUCAUCUGGAUCCCGCCGGCAAGGUGGACAUGAGGGCGUACCAGUCUCUCGUUAACAAUGUAUUCGUCAAUGCGGAACUGUACAUUUGCUGGGUGGACCCGACGAUUUUGAACGGGCUCACGAAGCAGAGGCAUGGAAGCGUGUACCCCUGGCCGCUCAAUCAUUAUCUGAACUGGCAGAAGAGACGAGAGGUCAUAAAAAAGCUCAGCGUCCUCGGCUGGUACAACAAAAGCUUGGACGAGGUUUUCGACGACGUGAAGAAGUGCUGCAUAGCGUUAUCCGAGAGGCUAGCGGACGAAGAAUUUUUCUUUGGAAAAGACAAACCCAACGAGUUGGACGCCUUGGUUUUUGGUCACAUAUUCACGAUAAUCACGACGCCGUUACUCGACAACAAGCUGGCUAUGAUCGUUCAGGGUCAUCCGAAGCUUGUGAAUCUCUGUAAACGCAUCGAGAUUAGCUUUUUUUCUCCUCAAGCUAUAGACAGUCAGACUAAUGAAACGCUGGAGUUCAAGAAUUAAGCCAAUGAUCCAACCGUACCGAGGAUAUCGAAUUAAAAGCAAACGGCGAUCGUUGUCUAAACUAAAUUCAAACGUGAUAUCCCAAUGUCGGGCAAUAAACAUGCCAAAGCAUGUUGAAGUACGGUUUUGGAAGAUUCAUUGAUUAGGUGUGAAGUUUUCGUAAGAUAUACUGCCAAUUAUGUCAUAUCAAUGUUCCUGGUGAUAUUUAUAACCUUUCUAUAUAUUUAUAAUUAUUUUAUUGACGUAUGUAACUAAUAAUGUAGUGUAUAUUAUUAAGCGCGCGUUGUUAGAUUACAGUAUAGUCGUAGAUGUUGUACAGUAAUGUGGAGAGAUCAGGGGGAAAAUUUUCUAGUCAAUACACCAAUCUCCAUUUUUGUCUGUUGCAUGCAGAUACGGGAGAGGUAAUCUUCGAUGUGUAAAUCAUGUAUAUAUGUAAUGACUGUGCAUGUCAAAUUUGAAUACAACCCUUCUUUGAGUCUAUAUUAAA